UUGUGCGCCAUCUGCUUUUCGCAUACAUUUUCAGGUUCCCGCGGGAAAUAAAUAUUUACUGUUCUCUUUUUUAAACUUCUAUUUUUACGUUUUUCACUUUACCUUAAAUUAACCGGUUUGCGCCAAAACCGUGGUGGUACAAUUUAGAAAAAGCGUACGGUUUUUCACUAACGUACACCUUCUUUUUAUUGUACACGUGAGAUAAAACCUCGUGGCGCACCUUAGCAAGCCCCACAAAAUCGAAGAAAGAAAAAAGUGAGCUCGUCUUCCACUAGUUAAUGGAAGACCCAUUCUUAAAUAAUUGCAAUUAAUAAUAUUAAAAAAAGAAGGCGGAAAAUUAAAAAGGCAAAGGAGUUGCAGAGCAUAGAGCUCAAAGUGGUGGUGCUUUUAAUGGCGAAUCGGCCAAGCACACGCAAAAGGGUCAAUGCAAUUCGUCGUGGUCCAGAUGGUAGUGCCUUUGAAAAAUGUCGAAUAUGUGAGUUGUCUGUGGCAAUUGCUCUGGCUGACAUGCAUGAGUGUGGUGAGUCUGUUAAGGACGUGAAGAGGUUCAGAGGUAUAAGUUGGAAGAGCCAAACCGUUGUAAAACAGAAUUUUUCGGAUCAACCCAGAUCGGCAUUUCGUUUUUUCAUGGAAGAAUUUGUGAAGACUUGCAAAAGUGUAGAUCCAAUUGAUGUUGACCGAGAAGGGUUUGAAACAUGGAAGAAAAUGAACAAGGAGGAGAGGGAACCAUAUGUCGCUCAAGCUUCAAAGGUGAACUUGGCUUACUGUAAAGCUUUGUUUAGAGAAGAGAAAGAUUUGCCAGAGGUUAAUGGUGAGGCAGAUUCGACAACGGUUGGAAAGUUUGAUCCUUUCGAAGAUUACUCGGGCUCUGGAUGGCACACUUAUGUUGAAGGAGAUGAAGGCGACAAUGAUGAAAGGAUUGGAAAGUUUGAUCCUUUUGAAGAUUGCUCGGGCUCUGGAUGGCACUUUUAUGUUGAAGGAGAUGAAGACGAUGAUGGUUCCUCUGAUGGUUCCGGAUGGCACACCUACGUGCCAAAUGGAGCAUGAUCAUCAUCAAUGGUUGGCUUUUUGUCGAUUUUUUUUUUUUGGGGUAAUGGGACUAUAUCUCCAUUUUUGCAAUGGUGGAGAAAAAUAAAUGCUAAUGGAAGUUUAGCCAUUACCAAUCUCUCUCAAGGCAAGUCAUUUGGCUAUUGUACAGUAACAUUAGGAGUUUUGAAUUCUGAGAAUAGCUAGUUAUUUUCCUUUAUAGAAUGCAAAAAUUACAGUGUUAGGAUGGUCAUGUGCUCUAUACAUGUAUGACUGGGGUAAAGGUGGUUGAUGAUAUUUUGAGAGGAAGCAUUUCCUCUGUAUUCUAUUCUACUAUUUCAAAAUAUUGCUUCGAAAAGUUGCAAGGUCAUG